ACGGGUGCUGGUGUUUGGGCUUGGGACCGGUACCGGGGCAAGGCCACCCGAAGGCAGCAGCGAGUGUUGAACGGCGGUAGCUGUAAGGGAAGUUUCUGACGAAACCCACAGCAAGCAGCGGAAGAGCCUUUGAACCUUCCUCUGCUCUGGAAUCUUGGACUUUAACUGCUCCUUCAGGAAGCUUCUCAGAGCCGGAGGAGGAAGGAGGAGGGGGAAGGAGUGAAGUUACAGCUGUUCCUGAGGACUUGUCCCAUCUUGUAGUUGGUGCUGGAAACUGGAAAGACUCAAGGAAGUUGCUGCAUGUGGACUCUUUGAGACAAAAUGCUUUCUCUGAAGAAAUAUUUCACAGAAGGACUCAUCCAGUUCACCAUUCUCCUCAGCUUGAUCGGUGUGAGGGUGGACGUAGAUACCUAUCUUCCCCCUCUGCGGGAGAUCUUUCUGGGCCAGAGCUCUGCUUACACCCAGACACAGUUCCACAACCUGCGGAACACUUUAGAUGGUUAUGUCAUCCAUCCCAAAAGUGUAGACCUGGACUACUAUUUCACAGCUCGCCGGCUUCUUAACCAGGUGAGGGCCCUGGACAGAUUUCAGGUGCCCACGACUGAAGUCAGUGCCUGGUUGGUACAUCGUGAUCCUGAAGGUUCUGUCUCUGGUGCCCAAUCCAGUACAGGCAUUGCCCUUGAUAACGGCAGUGGCUUGCAAGAUGGAACUGUUCCAGACAAUGUAGUAAGGGAAAAUGGAGCAGAACAAGGAUUUGUUGAAGAGCUGGAAGAUCUAGGUGCGGUGGCUCCUCCAAUGAAUGGUGAUCUAACUAAAGAGGACAUUGAUUUAAUUGACAUCCUGUGGAGACAGGAUAUUGACCUUGGAGCUGGGCGUGAGAUUUUUGACUACAGCCACCGCCAGAAGGAGAACGAAGUGGACAAAGAGCCGAGCAACGGGGAGGAGCACGGGGAUGGCUGGAGGAGCAGAGUGGGCAACAUUGCCGACAGGGCCUUGCUAGUGGAUGGCGAGACAGGGGAGAGCUUCCCUGCACAGGUGCCAGGGGUUGAAGACCAGACAGCCUUGUCCUUGGAGGAGUGCCUUAGGCUGCUGGAGGCCACAUUUCCCUUUGGGGAGAAUUCGGAGUUUCCAGCUACAGAUGCCCCCAGCUUAACCGAAGCUCUGCCUAGCGAGAGUGGGCCCUCCAUUGUGCCAGACGGGCUCCUGUCUCCUCUUCUGACAGAGACAGAGUUGCCCUUUGAUCUGGAGCAGCAGUGGCAGGACCUCAUGUCUAUCAUGGAAACACAGGGUAUGGAGGUGAACAGCACAGCAGCUGCAGAGACCCUGUACAACAGCACAGGUGGAGACGUCCUGACGGCCAACUACAGCCUCGCCCCGGCCACCCCUAUCAACCAGAAUGUAAGCCUGCAUCAGGCGUCACUGGGCGGCUGCACCCAGGACUUCCCUUCCCUGUUCAGCUCUGAGCUUGAGAGCCCUUCAGGGGUUGGGAGCUCAGCUUUGUUGCAGCUGGUUCCUGACAACUCCACUGGCUUCAACACCACGUUCGGCUCUACCAAUCUGAGUGGGAUCUUCUUUCCUCCCCAGCUAAAUAGCACUGUAAAUGAAACGUCUGGGCCUGAACUCCCAGAUCCUCUUGGGGGGCUCCUGGAUGAAGCCAUGCUAGAUGAGAUUAGUUUGAUGGACUUAGCUAUUGAAGAAGGCUUCAACCCCGUGCAGGCCUCCCGCCUGGAGGAAGAGUUUGAUUCCGACUCAGGGCUUUCCUUGGACUCAAGCCACAGCCCUGCUUCCCUCAGCAGCUCAGAAGCGUCGUCGUCAUCGUCGUCAUCUUCAGCCUCUUCCUCCUUUUCCGAGGAAGGUGCUGUAGGCUACAACUCGGACUCUGAAAAUGUGGACUUUGAAGAUGCAGAAGGGGCUGUUGGGUAUCAGCCAGAGUACAGCAAGUUCUGUCGAAUGAGCUACCAGAACCCUUCUCAGCUGCAAUAUCUGCCUUACCUGGAGCAUGUGGGCCACAACCACACCUAUAACAUGGCCCCCAGGACCUUAGACACAGAUGAGCCACAGCCAGCCAGCAUGGGGAAGAAGAGUGCCAAGGAUAAGCAGGCAGACUUCCUAGAUAAGCAGAUGAGCCGAGAUGAGCACCGAGCCCGAGCCAUGAAGAUUCCUUUUCCCAACGAGAAGAUCAUCAACUUGCCUGUGGAGGAAUUCAAUGAACUCCUCUCCAAGUACCAGUUGAACGAAGCCCAACUGAGUCUAAUCCGGGACAUCCGGAGGCGGGGUAAGAACAAGAUGGCUGCCCAGAACUGUCGUAAGAGGAAGCUGGACACUAUCCUCAAUCUGGAGCGGGAUGUGGAUGAUUUGCAGAGAGAUAAGUCAAAGCUGCUCAGGGAGAAGGUGGAGUUCCUCAGGUCCAUCCGCCAGAUGAAGCAAAAGGUGCAGAGCCUUUACCAGGAGGUAUUUGGCCGCCUGCGUGAUGAGAAUGGCCAGCCCUACUCCCCGAAUCAGUACGCCCUACAGCAUGCCAGUGAUGGCAGCGUUAUCCUAAUACCACGCUCCUUGGCUGAGCAGGAGGGCAGGCGUCAAGAGAGGAAACAGAAAGACAGGCGGAAGUGAAAGAUGACGAAUGUCGGCAGGGGAGCAUAAAACUUGCUGAAACUACAUCCUGGAGAAGGGCUGAGCCCAGAAGAAUUUGAAGGAACUUUCAUGCCUUCUUAUCCAAUAUAUCUUCUCAAACCAUGAUAGCUGCCAGUCAGUGUAUAGGAGCAGACUGCUGGGCAGGGGGCCUACAACUCUUGAGAGGCAGAAUGGCAAAGCAUGUUGGGAAAGACCUGUGCCCCCAGCAGCCUGGAACCCAUUGUUGAACGUUGUGGGAGAGGGGGACUAGCUGGCAUAAUGUGUGUGUGGGGAGGGGGGUGAGUCUCAGCAGAGGGUAGAAAAUUUGAAUUGUUAAAGCUGGAAUUUUUUUUAAAAAGGAAAAAAAAAGCGGUUAAGUGGACAGACUGAGCAGGCUUAAGAGAGUAUGUUAUUUUCCUUUGAACUUCCAAAACAUGGAUAUUUCAGGUAGCUGGUUUGUUUUUUUUAGAACCAGUUUUGACAUCAGUUGUGUGCUAUUAGAAUAUGCAACUGAAUCCCACGAGUUAGCCAUCAUCUCUUCCUAGAUCUGUAUGUGUGUACGUAACUACAAGUGGAACACAAGAGGUUGUGUCUGUUUAGGGGGAAAGGGAGAUGUUUUCUUAACCCUUUUCAGCUUGAGGGGAUGUGAGAUUCGAGUACGGCCUUUCUGGUAGGUGUUAUCUGCCAUUAACGUUGGGAGGGUGAGACUGGAAAGGGUUAAUAAUGUUACCAUGGUGGUGCAUCUUCCCAUCGCCCCUUUCCUCACCAACUGAAAACUCACUAAGCAUGUCACUGCCCACAGUGAGGAGCCAGUAUUAUGCUGGGCCAGCAUCAAGAGGCAUUACUACAAGACGAUGCAUGGUAAACUGCAUGCUGCAAUGCCAUCUUUUCCCACCAAAUGCUUGAGGAGAGACUGCUUUGGGCGAAAAGGGAUGGGUCAGGUGUGAAAACUGCACCUUCACCUAGCUGGGGUUAUUAGGUGGGAAUCUAGUAUGUGGUGAUCACUUGGUCAAGGUCUACAGCACAAUGGGUUUUGGUCCCAUAAAGUGGGCAUGUUGUGUUCAGAGAACAGCCAUCUACAGCAAGCCCCUUUCUUAAUGGGCACUUUGAUUUUGAUUUUUUUUAGGGCACUGUGCUCCUACGUUGUUUCCCCAGCCCCAGUAGGGUGAACUUAGUAUGCGUGUAGGAAAGAAGGGAGAUGCUUCCCCCAGAUGAUCAAAGCUGCUGAAAGUUCUUUCUGCCAUAAAGACUCGAUGUGUUAACUGUGAUUCCACAGCUGGCUUCCCUUCUGUCCUUGGGUGUCAUUCCAACUUCCCCCUUCCCCCCUUUAAAAAAAAAAUAGGGCGAAGGGUGAGGGUAGUGCCUUGAACACAGCUGGCCUCAAGCUCCGAGGCAAUCCUCGAAGCUGUUAACUUGCAGUAUAGCACAGCUGGGAGUAUUACUGACCUUACCAGCAACUGAUGAGCUAAAUGGCUUUGGUUUUUCCCAGCCAGUCAGUCCUGUGUAUGUGAUGGCGUGUGAGGGCAUAGCACUGAAAUGGGCAUCCUCCAGAGGGUUGUGGGGGUAUGUAGCACUGUUUAUGUGGUAGAGGGCAAAUUUUGCAGUCCGACGUUCUGUAAGGUCUUGUUUUCUGAAUGCCAUGAUUUCUUGCAGGAUGGGUUGGGUGGGGGGAGUAAACUAAUGUUGCCUCUUUCACCUCUCUCACUCCUGUGAUUUGACAGCAUGAAACCUGAAGCACAAAUGUGACAAGCUGUGGCUGGGUUGCCAGAUGGUUAGGAUGGAGCCCUGAUGUGUGCAUGUGUUAAUUUAUUUUCUCCUUUGAGGUUUUAUUUUGAAUGGUUUCUAUGACCUGUUGGGGGAAGAGGAGAGAGAGAGAGAGAGAGUGUGAGCACAGGACAAAAAUAAAAUGGCUUAUUCACUAGUUGA